AUGAAUCUCAUUUGGCAAACCUCAUUGGAGUUGUUGGAGCUUCAAUGUACAUUAUGUGGAAUCCAUACAAUAUCACCGGGAACACUAAAAUUUGUAUAUCAAUCAUGUGCGAUGGCUGGUGGACAGUGGAAAGCUGCCCUUAUCGUAACAGAACAUCUUUUUAAUCACCAGAAGAGAUCAUCAUUAUCAUCAUCAUUAUCAGGUUUAGUUAGAUCUGAUCACUGUUCACUGUACUGUUCUCUCUUUGGGUGGGAGAAGGCAUUGGAGUUUUGGGGUACAAACUUUCCCCAGUGUAUGCUGCGGGAGGUUUCGGGUAACUAUAGGGCAGUGGACUAUUGUAUGCGUUUGUCGGAGUAA